UUGCGCAACCCCCCAAGCUCGAGCGCUCCUCGAGCCCAGGCGUGCCAGAGGACGACGACGCAGACAAGGAGGAUGGAGUUCGAGGACGAAGCGCGUGGCUCCCUCGCCAGCAGGCACCGACCCGAGCAGCAGCAGCAGCCUGCCCCGAACCCCCGCUGCGAAGGCGUUCGGAACCCACCAGGAUCCGGCAGAGAGAGUAGCCCCAUGCUGUGGCUACUGCUGCUGCUGAUGAGCCUGCUGUCCAACACCUUCGGCCGCCUCGUGCUGCUGGCUGUGGGCGCCCUGCACCCGGCCUACGCGUCCUGCAAGGCGGUCCGCUCCCGCAACCCGCGCGAGUACGUCCGAUGGAUGAUGUACUGGAUCGUCCUGGCCGGGCUGCUCAGUGUCGAGCCCCUGGCAGACAUGAUGUUCGCCUGCUGCCUGCCGCUCUACGCCGAGCUCAAAGUGCUCCUCGUGGUUUGGCUCCAGUCGCCGACCACCAAGGGCGCCAGCCUCAUCUUCCGUAAGUUGGUCUUGCCGCAGUUCGUGCUGCGGGAGCACGAGAUCGACGCCCACCUGUCCAAGCUCAAGGUGCGCGCCUCCCGGCUGGGUACGUCUUCGGCCAAAUACAUGACCAAUGUGGUGAUGCACUCGGUGUUCAGCCACAUCCGCCAGAACUGCAGCGCGGUGGACCUGAUGCCGUGCGACAUGAAGCUGAACUUUGACGCGAUCACAGAGACCUCGUCGUCGAGCGAGGACAAGUCCGAACUGGCACUAGGUGACCCGGGCAAGCACAGGAGGCUCAAACCGGACGAAGAUUCCAAGAAGGAGGCGGCCAAGGCCGGCCUCAACUUGAUCUGAAACAGCGCUUUCUCGUCGAAAUUUAGGCGACGGGGAAGGGUGGGGGAAUUAAUGAUAACGACAGGGUAAAGAGCAACACUAAAGUGCAAAAUGGACUGUUCCAAUUCAUUCUUCGUCCAAAAAGGUGGUCAAGCGAGCGCGAUUCAAUAGGACUUGAGGGACAAAAUUACUGGACCUGGAAGGUCAGGGUAGCUGCAAAAACUAGACCUUUUGACAAAUAGCUCUUGCUCUAGUUUAAGGUGUGUCGAUAUGACACAGACUUGCUACAAGCCAUGUGGUUGAUAGUCGGGA